AUGGCCUGUCCCUGCCUUCACGCGGCCUGGCGGGUGAGGCACUACGUGGGGACUGGGCAGGGUGGUGCUACCUUUACUGAAGUUCCCAAAGAUGUGACUGUUAGGGAGGGAGAUGAUAUUGAGAUGCCUUGUGCUUUCCGAGCCAGCGGAUCCACCUCUUACUCCUUGGAAAUCCAGUGGUGGUACCUUAAAGAACCAGCCAGAGAACUUGCACACGAACUAGCCAUCAGUGUCCCCGGCAGCAGGAGCAAGGUAAUACAGUGCUAUGGAGAUGUAUCUAUUCAUCGAGUGCAGCGUGCUCAGAGGGUGAUGAAAAUAAACUCGGCAGUCCCAGAGAGGAGAGCUCUUCCUCCACCCAGUGCCAGCGAGUGGUGGGAAGCACUGGCAUCCCUGGGCCCUCCUUGGGACAGAGGAGGACGGGGCGUGCACUAUGGAGGACUUCACCUCAGGAAAAAAUAUUGGUGCUGUACAGGACCUAUUUAUGCUACAGACCCACUCCUAUAUGUGUUCCUGUUAAUACUGCAUAAGCUUGUACAUUUAUUAGUAAACCACUGACGGACUACUUCCUGCACUCCUUCUCAGCCAAACAAAAAGGAACCUAUUUAAAAACAGAACAAACCCCUGACAAAAAAAUACCUACAGUUUUAAAGAUGGACAGAAAGAGACUGAAAGAAGCAUGAUAAAUUCCACAUGGGGGGAAAAACAUAUUUUUGGGGAUGCCACAAAAGUAAACCACAUAGAAUAAUGCAUCUAGUUUCCAGACUCUAUGGUGUAAAGCCCUGCUCUAUGCAUCGCACCUAUGAUUUCUCUAUUUUACUGUAAUAUUUUUUCUUUUCUAAACCUUCCCUCUGACUCUUCAUUUUGCACGAACUGUUGAGCAGUUAUCUUUAUGACAAUAUGUAAAGAUGUUGGGUCAAAGCCCUUCCUAAGAAAGGAAAUAUUUUUAGUAGAUUAUUGUGUUUAGGUUUUUUGGAUUUACUUUUUCUUUUUUAAUUAAAUUAUUUCUUUUGGAGACAUUUUAAUUAAAAAGGUACAUCUUACCAUAAUUAAUAUUCACUGUCAAUAAUAUUUAUUUUUAAAUGAAGAUUGGAAACAAGGUAAGACAUUUGUUUAUAAACUGUAUUGUAUAUUGCUGAAUAACAGUUGAAUAAAAAGAUUUUGAAAUAAAGUUUUUACAGA